CUUGUACAUGUGACCAUAUGUGUUUCUUUGUGAUUAUGUGUGUGUUGUUGCCUUUGUGGUUAUUUGUGGUCAUGUGUAUGUAAUUGUCUCUUUGGUUGCCCGUGCACACACGUGGGUAUGAGUAGGUCUAACAUAUGAGGCCAUGUAUGAGUAUCAUUAUUUAUAUGUUACUGUGUUGGGUGACCAGCAGAUUGUUUGACCCUAGGUGCAUGUUUAUCUGGGGGAGGAACGUGACCUAGUUAGAUCACAGUGUUCAUAACCCUAGUGUGGAUCUAACCUUCUAGAUAUGGUCAUCUAUUGAUUCCCAUUGCAUGACCCUUCUCUUUGAUUGUUUUUGACCUGUGGAUGACCAACCAACCACACUCCAAUAAUGUCAGCACUAUUUCAACAACAAGCUCUGUGUGAGUGGAGCGCUAUGGGGAAAAGAAGGGUUAUCUAGUUCCUGAUUCUGAAUACAUAGUAGGUGGUGGUAAAGUGAGAAGUAUGUAUUUGAUAAAGAGUUUCAUGCCCACCUGUUUACCUAAAAAGUCGUAGAAUGACACGGAUUAUCUCGUGUAACCACUUUAUUUUACAGGUGAAGCAAAUGAAUCCUUCCUAGAGAAAGGAAGGGACUUGUUGUAUCAGUCAGAUUGAGGGAUCUUUGCUAGGAAGACUGAGAUAGAGAGAGGUCUUAUGAAGUAAGUGUCUUGCCUAAGAAACAUACCUGGCCUGGUCUCUGACCUGAGACCUCGAAAACUCAAAUUCUCUUUUAUCAGGAAAGAUGCAGAUUAGUCAGGAAAAAACAGAUUUUGGUAAUGGAAUAACUUUUGAGAAUCCUCAGAGAUAAGACUUAAGAGAAAGUCCUAUCCUGACAAGCCCAGGAAUUAUUCCUAGAUCUUCUGAUAAUGUGCUCCUUCAAACUAUACCAGAUACCUUCAAAAGGAGUUUAGAGUUUUCUUUGACCACUCACAGGUGCUUCUUUGCCUUAUAUUAUUGAAAAACUUUGUUCACAGGCACCUUUGGUCAUUUAUGUAUCUGAGAGCAAACCAGGAACUCUCUUUAGAUUUUUAGGACCACAGAAUCCCAUUCUCCCUAGUGCUCACUAUUGUAUCAUAAGCACUAGCUUUCUGGCUUUUAAGUUGUUAUGUGCAGCAAAUCUUUUUUUUUUUUUUUUUUUUUUUUUUUUGGUGCAGUUGCUACACAAAACUCAGCUUCACAACCCCAAAAGGAGUCCAGUAAUAAUGUGGGAGUGGCAGAAUUAUAAUUUAUUAUCAGUAAAUAUUUGAUUUGCAUCUAUAUACUCGGGGUCAUAUAAAAAUUUCUCAGGCAUAAAGAGUCACAAGUGGGGAAAAGUUCAAAAGGCCCUGUACAAAAACAACUACAAGAAGGGAUUUCUCUCAUCUAUACCCACCCUCCAUUGGCUGCUGCUCUGCUUUUUUUUGUCUUUUUCUCAGCUUCAUAUUCUCAGGACUCAGCUUUUCCCCCAAAUCAAAGAACAGAGGAAAGAAUGGCCAAUAGGCCUUUGACAGCCAGAUGCCAAGCACUACGUGUUGGAUUUCUGGAGGUGCAGAGAGGUCAGAGUUUGUUGGCUUUAAUAUCUUUUCAUUGGUUACCAUCCAGCCUGAGCACUACUCAGUAGACUGUAGAUACUCUGCCUGAAUUUGAGUGGAUUUGGCCUCCUUCCUAAGGAGACAGAUUUGAACCCUACAAUAGAAAGCCCAGAUGAGGAGACAUUAUCCCUGAAUAAGGAGAUGGCCACUUCUAGGAAUACCCAUAGUCCAUGUUUACAAGAACAAGAUGAGGUCCUGAGAAUGUCUUUUUCUGAGGAAAAUGAAACCCAUCUAAAAGGAAGUACAUUUGAUGCUGCAGUCUCUCAUCGUAACUUCAGGCACUUUCAAUAUGCAGAAGCAGAUGGACCCCAUCAGGCCUUAAACCAACUUCGAAAGCUUUGCCAUCAGUGGCUGAGACCAGAUAUUCACACCAAGGAGCAGAUCCUGGAGAUGUUGGUAUUAGAACAGUUUUGGGCAAUCUUACCCGGAGAGAUCAGGACUUGGGUAAAUUCACAUCGUCCACAGACUGGGGAAGAGGUGGUGAACCUGAUAGAAGAUUUGACCCAGAUACUAAAGGAGGAAGUUUUGCCACCUCAGGACUCUGUCCUUCCCCAAGAAGAAGAAAGAAUAGGCCCUGAAUUCAUGACAGUCAAUUCCCAGAAAUCAAUAGAGUUCAAGGAUGUAGCUGUGGAUUUCACCUUGGAGGAAUGGGACCAACUACAGUUUGGUCAGAAAGAGCUAUACAAGGAUGUCAUGCUGGAGAACUAUAAGAAUCUGGUCUUCCUGGGGUUGUCAGUUUCCAAACCAGAUGUCAUCACCCAGUUGGAACAGUUGCAAGCGCCUGUAAUGCUGGACAAAGAAGUCUCAAGAUGUAAAUCUCCAGAUAGAGAGACUACUUCAGAAAUCACGGGGUUAAAUCCAAACCAAGACAUUGCUUUGAAAGAGCACACUCAAGAACAAGUCACAAUGGAUGAUUCCCAGAUCAACAAUUCAGAAACACCUAAAAAAUGUGAAAUCAAAUUAAAGAAGCAACAAGACAACCCAAAGAAACAUUGCCAGCAAAUAACAGUUAGCCACAAAAAAACUUUUAAAAAGGUGAACAGCCAUGAAUGUAAAAAAUUUGGAAAAAACUUAAGUAUGGGACAAAUCCUUGCUCCCCAAGAGAGAAUUUCUUCAGGAAAAAGUCUCCAUAAAUGUGAUACACACUUAAGAAACUUCAAAGAGUAUUCUGUGCUCAAACCAACUAAAUGUAAUCAAGUCCCUACAUCUGGGAAAAAACUUUGUAAGUUUAAUGAAUGCAAGAAAAUAUUUAUUCCCCACUCAAACCUUAAUGAAUAUCAUAAAAGAACCUCUGGAGAGCUACCAUAUAAAUGUGACAGAUGUGGAAAACUCUUCCACUGGAAGAGACAUCUUGUUCAACAUCAAAAAAUUCAUACUGGAAUAAAAACCUAUGAAUGUACUGAAUGUGGGAAAACUUUUAGGCACAGCUCAUCUCUUCCUGCCCAUCAAAGAAUUCAUACUGGAGAAAAACCCUAUAAAUGUAAUGAAUGUGGGAAAGCUUUUAACUAUAGUUCAUCAUUUUUUGAACAUCAAAGAAUCCAUACUGGAACAAAACCCUAUUCAUGCAAUGUAUGUGGGAAAGCUUUUAACCACAGCUCAUCACUUACUGAGCAUCAGAGAAUUCAUACUGGAGAGAAACCCUAUGAAUGUAAUGAAUGUGGAAAAUCCUUCAGCCAGAUGGGACAUCUUACUAAACAUCAUAGAAUCCACACUGGAGAAAAACCCUACACAUGUAGUGAAUGUGGAAAAUCCUUCAGUUGGAGUGCAGACCUUACUCAGCAUCAGAGAAUUCAUACUGGAGAGAAACCUUAUGAGUGUAAUGAAUGUGGGAAGGCCUUCAGGUGGAACACAUACCUUACUCAACAUCAAAGAAUCCAUACUGGAGAGAAGCCCUAUGCAUGCAAUGAAUGUGGAAAAGCCUUUAGACAGAAGGGUCACCUCACUCAACAUCAGAGGAUUCAUACUGGAGAGAAACCCUAUCAGUGUAAUGAAUGUGGGAAAGCCUUCAGUGUCAGUUCAUCUCUUAUUAAGCAUCAGAAAGUUCAUUCUGGGGAGAAACCCCAUAAAUGAAAUUAACAUGGAAAAUCUUUCAAGUGUAGUUCAGAUUUACUUCAUCUAUCAGAGAACCAUGGAAAUGUAAUAAUGUAGGUAAAGCUUUAGUCAGAUUUGGCACUUAAUAAAUACUUGACAGUUAAGGCUCAGUUCAGCAUUUGAAUCUUUUUUAAAGUUUUCUAAUACCUUUUUUGGAAAUAUACUUUGUGAAUAACAAGAGGUGAAUGGGAGUGUUUGUGCAAUUUGGGGAUUUUUCUAAGAUUUUUGAAGUCAUGGAAAAUUGUCCUUAACUUUUUUUUUUCCUUGACAAUCAUGUUCUCUUGUCUUUUUCAUAUAUGAGUGAAGAACAUGAUUACUUAAUGACUAGUAAAACAUGGUUUCCCAACUUAGAUUAGCUUGUCUGAAAAACCUUGCAUUCAAGUAAUCCUAAUGAAUUGAAAGUAGAAAAUACUAAUUACCCAAUAGAUAUAUUGUGUUUUUUAAUGUGAGGGAAUAUUGGACUCUGGAAUCCUUGAAGGAAAAUGGGAGAACCAGCCUACUUGACAAAUUAGCUUAUUUUUCUUUAAUGAUUUUUCUGCUUUCAUUAUAAAUUUAACAUCAAGGAACAUGAAUAUUUCUACAUGCAAAGGAUAACAAAAAGGGGAUAUCAUAUCCUCUAUUAACUUGACUUAUUUUUUAAAAGGAGUUAUCUUCCGUGAAAUUUGGGGCCAUUUGUUUAUAGACUUAAUUAUGAUUUUUUUUUAAACAAUAAGAACACUUUAUUUUCUAUUUCCUUUGUUUUCAAGUAUAUUUGAGGGGAUCAGAAAACUCUAUUAAUGAGACAAAUCUUUCUAGCUCUAAAACUUUAAAAAAGAAACUGAUUCCUUGGCCCUCAGUUAUUUUAACAGAUAACUAAAGGCAUAGCAGUGGUAUAGUAGAAAGAAUAACAGACUUGAAAUCAGAAGAUCAGAAUUCAAGUUUUGGUUCUGCUAAUUACUGCAUGUGUGAUUUUGGGUAAGUCACAAAGUAUAUCUCUGGGCCUCAGUUUCUUUGUUUGUAAUAUUAGGAAAUUAAAUAUCGUGAUC